AAACUUUUUUACUUUAAAAUGUUUUACAGUGAAUUAAAUCUCUGUUUAUGAGACAAAAAGUGCGUGCUACAAAUGAAUGUUUAAUAUUGCCGACAAUCCAAAGUAAUUAACCAAAAUUCCGUGCCAUGCUUGUGACAAUAUUUCAACUGAAAAAAUUUUGAUUUCGUGAUAAAUAAACAUUAAAGUCUAGUCUGUUUCCAUCAUGUCUUCGCCGGCCUCUUUUGUAACGGAAAAGCCAAAAAUAGUUUCUAAACGCAAAUCAACCGGCAUUUAUGGACUAAAAUGGUUUCUUUUUGGCCUCUUGAUUACAACUGUUGCAAUUAUGGUUUCACUUUUUCCCAACAUUGCUCUCUAUGCUAGUAUUCCUGGUGGCCUGUUGAGUGUCCUUUUAGUUUGUUGGCUAAUUGUUUCACCUCUAAAGCGAUUCAUUGUGUUCAUCUUUUGUAAAUCUGUUGAUCCAACUAAUAAAUCUAUUCUGAUAACGGGUUGUGACCAGGGUUUGGGCCAUGGAAUGGCAUUGAGCUUGAACUCUCUUGGUUUCAAAGUAUUUGCUUCGUGCUAUGAUCCAACGAGUUCGGGUGCAGCCUUGCUGAAGCAAAAUGCGUCUAACAAGGAACGAAUGAUUAUCUUUAAAUUGGAUGUAACCAACGAUCAUUACAUUGAUUAUGCAGUCGAGUUUAUCACCUCUCAUUUGGAGGCAACUCCAGGUGACGUUUUAUGGGCAGUCAUUAACAAUGCCGGUCUCAGUCGAACCGGUAAACUGGAAUGGGGAACUUUCGAUCAUCACUUUCGCUCGCUUUUUGAGGUAAACACGUUUGGUGUUGUCAAAGUUACCCGAGCUUUCCUGCCGCUUCUUCGAAAAUCUUUCGGUCGAGUAAUUAUAAUUUCAUCUUUUGGCGGUCGAGUUACCUCUUCAUUCAUGACAGCCUAUGCCAUGUCCAAGGCAGCAAUCAUUUGCUUUGCUGACGGUCUAAGGUUGGAAAUGAUGCCUUUCGGAGUAUCCGUUGUUUCCGUUGAACCAGUCUUUGCUCGAACUCCCAUGAUGGAUCCACAAAUUUCAAACCAACGAAUCGAUGAAAUGUGGACCAAUACAGUGCCAAGUGUACAACAAGUGUAUGGCAAAGAGCAAGUAGACCAAGUGAAGCAAGCCAUUGAACUAUUGCACACAAGCCCAAUGGGACUUGAUGAAACGUACCAAGAUGUGAUUAGGUGCGUCACUCGAUCAGUGAUCAGUCCAGUUCCAGAGUAUGUAGAGCAGCCAGCUUCGUUUCUUCAAAAGCCACUCAACAUGAUUGUCCAGUCGAUUCCAAGGGAAUGGGUAGAUGUUUACCUGUUAAUCGUCGAUAAAAUUUUAUCUCUCAUUGGGUCAAUCAAAGGCAAACCCAACAACAGUUAAGAUAUCUCAAAGUGAACCAUUGUCUAGUCGAUAUUGAAAUUGUAAAUAUUUUAAAAAUAAACUCUUUUCCAUUAA